AUGAAUCGAAAUGCAACGAGGAACAGUCGUAUUGAUUGCGAGGUUGAUCAAGCGUUUGGAGCAUUGGAAAAAAGUGAGCGUUGUUAUCGGCGAGGCUCUCGGAAUUCAGCAACGUUAUUAACUAAAGAAGAUGAAGAUGAAGAAAGAUACAAAAUUCUCUUGGAGGCAACAACUAUUCAGUGUCCGAAAGAAGAAGACGAUGCUGAAAAAAAUGCAAAAACUGUAGAAGCAAUAAAACUUGCUGUUUCAAAGGCAAAGCAGAUUGCAGCUAGAGCAUUUCAAGAUGAUUUAAUUGAUCGACUGCCAAGUGUAGUGCAGCGUGAACCUCUUUUUCAAGCUGGCUCUUUAUUAGACGCGGGAGCUCGAAUUUAUUCGUUUCGAGUCGAUGCCACUCAUAUAGAAGCCUAUGAUAAGCGUAGCUCUGAUAUCGAACAAAAUAGUGAUAGUGAAACGGAUAGUUCGAACGUAGAAAUGAUUGAUAGAGUGAAAAAAGUGCAUCAGCUUGAUGAUUUUUCAAUGGAUAGUGAUUCAGAUGAUGAAAAUUUGUUUGAUUUAGAACAAAUUAUGACAGAAAAACAGAUAGAGGAAAUAUUAAUAAGGAAAGCAGAUGAUAUAUAUAAUCGUUGUAUUCAAAGAAGAACUAAGGCACGUUAUAUUUUGAUUUUCAUUAAUGAAAUAUAUUGUAUUGCCAUGUUAGCGACAAACAUCGCAGAUCUGGAUGAUAAUGAAGGUUCACUAGGUUUUAUUGGCCAUUUAUAUAGCAAAGCUACACAUAAAUUUGAUGAAGGUUGUACCAAUGGCCUUUUGAUGCAGAAUACAUUGACGAGUAAAGAUGGACGGCCAUUAAUGGAAAAUGUGGAAAAGAACCAUCCUGAUUCUUCAAUACUGUCUCUUUUGUGCGACACAACACUUUCUGAUUAUUCUAAGUACAAUAUUUCAAACGAUUGCUCAAUGUCCAUUCCAAGUAUAUCGGGUAUUGUCGGUUUGACUGAAAUUUCUGCAACUCUAACUAAAAAAAUAUCAAAUAAUUGUGCCAGCCAAGCUCUGUUUCAUUGGCGUCGGAAUCUACAAAAGCGUUACAAAUUUAAUACAAGGAGUUUUAUAAUUCUUUUGAAUAAUUUAUUGAGCGGGAUGAAGACUUUUUUGCUCGAUAAUUUGAAUCGGAGACUUUUAUUAGUGCCAGAAGCAUUGAAAAUUAAUGAUUUGAUUGCGGCUAAUGCAAAUAAUGGGCUUUCACUUGCUGUUUUGGCCGAUGAACUUGAACCUUUCGAAGAAUCAAUAAAUUGGAUUAUUUAUAGGCAAAAUUGGGAAAAAAUGAAGAACAGAAAACGUGCAGAAAUCUUGAGGAAUCUACAUGGCGAACAUCCUGUAUAUAAUUAUUUCUUUGCUGAACCCAGAAUUCCCUCAUUGCCGAAUGAUGUUUCUUGUUUAUAUGUUAGUCCUGAUUUCUGGAAUUCAGAAGGUGUUUCGGACGAAGUUUCUUUGUCUAUAGAGCAACAUAUGAAAAAGUUAAAUGAAGUUUUGGAAAAGUUUCAGUUAUCUAGAGACCUUGGUUUAUUUAUUUAUGUGGGUGAUACUUUCGCUAGAGCCAUGUCACAUCUGCCAAUUGCAACAUCGAAAAGAAAUCGCAAAAUUAUUAAUAAUUCGAAUUUGGGAAUAAUGGUUGACCAUUUAAAUAAGUCUAAUGAUGGAAUUGUCAACAACAUUACGGAAACAAAAAUGUGCGAAGCAAAUUAUGAUGAUUGCGAUGAAGCGUUGGAACCACGUUGUACCUCCAUAGUUAUUGACGAAAAUGAUCCAUUAGAUGAAAAUGAUCUGCAGAUGUGCUUAUCGUCGCAACUGAAAGCUAAAGAGAUCGCAUUUAAUUAUGUGGAUAACUGUGAAAUUUUUGUGAAUGAUGAAGCAGAUCCGAAAACGGCAAUUGGAGAUUUGAAUUUUACGAAUGAAAGACAAUUUCUUUAUCUUGCUUCGUCUAUUAAUGAUGAUACACACUGGAAAAAAUGCGACGAAGAUUCACGAAGGAAAAAAGAUCAAGAAAUGCGACUCAAAAAGAAGAUUGCUGUUUGUGAAAAUGCUGCUGAACUUUUUGACUGGGAAGAUUUUGAUGAAUUACCGUUAAGUGCUAUUUUGAAACGGCAACGUCAAGCAAAAAGGCCAACUACUUUGUGUCUUCCUGAAUCCGAAUUACAUGGUUUUAUACGAUCUGCUUAUGUUACAGACCGAGAACUGAUUCUGAUGCGAGAAAAAAUACUAUGCCUUGCUCAUUUUUUCUGGGCAACAUGGAAAAAACGAAGAUAUUCUUCCGCUCAACUUUCAGAUGAAGAUGGUAGAAGGAUGCGGAAUUAUUUGUUACCAAGAACAAGUCAAGAGCUACCGAGUCAUGCAGAAGUUUUUGGGAAUUGUUUUGAUUCAUCAUAUCCUUAUUCAAUGCCAGGUUGUUCUCGUGGAUUAGAAUGUGGUGAAGAAUUUGAUAAUGAUCAUGAUAUUUUUGAUAAUUCUGGUGAUGGAGAAGCGCUUUCUGAGGACAAAUUGAGUCACAGCUUUCAUUCUGAGAAUGGAUCAGGUGUUGAAGAAGCCGAGAUUUUUGGCGUAACAUAUGCGAUAAGACAACGAAGGAUAAACGCUCCGGCUGUUAAACGAGCCAUUUGCACAGUUUUGUCGAACAGAUUGUUGGAUGCCGAUUCUUUAAAUAGGGAAAUUGCUUUGGCGCAAGAAAUGCGUACUAGAAGUGCUGGUAAAUUUGAUAUUAAUAUUGAAGAUAUCAAUAUUAAAAUUGUAAACGAAAACUGCGAUUUCUUCAGUAGUCACAUGGAACUUAGUUUGGAAGAAUCGGAACUUCAAUUAGAAGAGGAAAAGCGGUUCAAAACGCCAUUAACAGAAUUGGGAUUUGAAGAAAUAUGGGAAGGUCUACCUGUCGAUAAAAAGAACGCAACAAAUGAUCCAACGUGUGAUGUUGAAAGAGUGGAAGUGCCUAUUGCAAAUUUAAAAUUGGAGGGCCAUCAUACAUUUUCGUCCUUGUUAGCGCGUAUUCCAAAUUUUUUGACAGGUCGUACAGCUGAAGAUCUCAAUCCUAUUAAUGCUUUUUCGAUACUUUUACAUAUGUGCAAUGAAAAUAAUUUGGAGCUCCUACAACGUCGUGAUUCCAACAACAUGGUGGAAUUAUCAGAAAUGGCAGAUUUCACAAUUGCAGCAUUGCGGCACAAUAAUAAGCGUAAGAGGCCUCAUGAUUCUAGUUGA